GCUAUGUUCCAGUCAGUCUAUUAAAAAGUAAAACUGAAACCGAGGAAUCAAAAACUGAAGAUGUCCAAUCAAAGACUUUGAAGCGCCAGUUGAGCAGAAGGAAGUCUGAAGAAGCAGCAUCUUCUGGGGAGGAGGACUCCAUCAGAACACCAGAGCACUUUCCGCUCUAUGUAGCUGUUUCGGACUAUAACCCACCAGAUGGUGCCACUGCCAGCCUCAAACUUUCGGAAGGCCAGUUCGUUGAGGUGAUGGACAUGGAAAACACUGAAAAGUGGCUGGGUCCGCACAAAACCCACAAAAGCUACCCCCUCGAAACAGGGUUGGGUGCCUGCGAGCUACUUGGAGGAGAAAAAUGCAAAAAGGCUCGAGGUCAACGCGGGGAAACGUUCCGUGAAGACAUCAUCAAGAUCAGCAAUAAGCAGCAAGAAGCCCUUGUGAAGAGGAGCGAUGAUAAUGAAGGAUAUGUCUUGACGGACUUGCUGGAAACUGAACGAGAGUACAUCAAUCAGCUGAACAGCAUCAAGGAGUGUUUCCAUGACAACAUGUUCAAGGACAGAAACAUCCCGGACGUCUUGAAGGAGAAGAAGGGAGUCAUUUUUGGAAAUUUGAAAGACAUUCAAGAGUUCCAUUCAGACGUCCUUUUACCAGCUCUUACCAACUGUGCACUUAAUCCAGGAACUGUCGGAAAAGUUAUCCUUAACCUGAAAGAUCAGUUUGAGAAGUAUAUCCCGUAUGGUAGCGAAAGAGACACUGCAGACUUUUUACUUUCAGGGGAAGAUGUAAAGAAAUUCUUAAAGGAUUACAACAGGAAGAGUGGCAGUGAACAAGUGUUACCUGACUGCCUGAGGAGGCCAAUAGCAAGAAUACAUGAAUACCAGGCUGUGUUAAAAGACAUACUGAAGUAUUCAUGCAGAGCAGGUGAGGAUUCCAAAGACAUAGAGGCUGCUAUUCACAUGCUGUCUGAGAUUUUACGACGGAUAGAGGAUGUUAAACUCCUGAGAACUGUGGAGGGAUUUCCUGGUGAUCUGUCCAGUUUAGGAACUCUGAUUCGUCAUGGUGACCUCCAGAUGUGGGAUGAUGAGCCCGUGGGGAAAGGCAAAGACAGACACAUGUUCCUGUUCCCACACAAACUUCUGCUGGCCAAGCCCAACAAGGACGGGAGCGGCUUCAUCCACAAGGCUACGUGUGAGCUACAGGACAUCCAGGUAAAUGAGACUGUCCCGAGUGAUGAUCGCAUGUUUGAGCUGUGGUAUGCUGAGCCUACCUCAGAGAAGCUGACAUUCCAGGCCAGGAGUGUUGUAGCCAAGGAGGCCUGGGUCAAUCAGAUCAGGGAGGCUCUGAAAAGCUUGGGCGUAGAAGAAACAGACAUCAUGCCAGAACAGCAAAGGCCGACAAAAGGCCCGAAAAUCCCGACACCUUCACGCAGAAAGUCCAAAGAUACGAUCAGUCCUGAGAAAGAGGUUCCUCCUCCAGGGGACUCGACAGGAGAAGAUUACCUGUCCUUCGAAUCCCUGGACAGCGAUGUCAGCAGUUACCACACUGCACCUGAAUUUGAGGAUGGAACAACACGUCCUGUGUUCAAGAAGAGGCUCUGCAGAACUGUGGUCAAAGAGGGAGACAAAGCUUGUUUGGAAUGUACGGUAGGAGGAAUUCCCUUACCGACAGUUGCCUGGCAGAAAGGGGUCUAUCCAAUCAAAUCCAGUGAUGAACUUCGCAUUGAGGUACAAGGGGCGUGGAAUGCUUUGGUUAUUCCCGAAACAAUUUGUGAGGACAGUGGAGUCUACACGGCGAAGGCUACGAAUGUCAACGGCUCGGCAGUCUGCAGCGCAGAGUUGACUGUUGGGGAUGGAGUCACAGACCAGGAAUACAUCACCGCCCAAUCGGCAUUGAGCUCAGAAGGGGAGAUAACCCUCCCGGCAAAAAUGGGUCAGAUGGAUAGCUGUGUUGUGGAGGAGGGAAAAAUGGCCAGAUUUGACUGCAAUCUUGUAGCAGACCCCAAACCAGAAAUCAUGUGGUUAAAAGAUGGUAAAAUCCUGACGACAAGUAAGAAGUAUGAAGUGUUAAACCCCCGAGAGGACCUCCACUCAUUGAUCGUGCACGACGUGAACAAGGAUGAUUCCGGCCGUUACGUCUGCUGGGCCAGGAACGAAUUCGGAGAGGCUUUCACUGAAGCCUACCUCAACAUCAUUCCAUCUGCAGAGGCUGAGAGUGAUGUGGAGAGAAUUGCCCCUAAAAUCACAAAGAAAUUCUACGACCUUGUCGCGACAAAUGGGCACUCCGCCGAACUCAAGUUCAAGUUCAUCGGGUCCCCAAUGCCUCACAUUCAAUGGUACAUCAAAAACAAAGAGGUUCUACCACCGCGAGAGUUUGACGUCAAGGUGGAAGGUGAUCAGUGCACAUUCACCUUGAAAGAGGUGUCAAUGGAGGAUGCUGGGAAGAUUAUUGUCAAACUGACCAAUCCGCUAGGAGAAGACCGUUGCUCCGCCCAGUUAACUGUUAUUGAAGAUUUCAGCAAGCCGAGAGGUUUGCCUAAGGUUGCACCAAAAUUCAUAACCCGAUUCACAGACGUUGAUGUGAACCAAGGAUUUGAAGCACGAUUUAAGUCAAAAGUUAUCGGUGAACCCAUUCCCACGGUAACUUGGCUAAGGAAUGGCGUUCCUUUGAAGGAUUGCCCUAGAUACAAGUACGAAGAAUACGGAGAAAUUUUCAUACUGAUCAUCGAAAACGCCGAACAAGGGGACGCAGGAGAAUACAUGUGUGUGGCCAAGAACAAAGCUGGAGAAGCGAGUUGUAAAGCUAACCUCAUGGUGACCAAGGUCGCCAUUCCCCAAGUCAGCAAAAGUGAAAGUACUUACAGAGCAGUAGAUUAUGGUCGUCGGGGGCAACUGGGAAUAUCCCCAAAGAGAGAUGUGAAAGGUGUUAAUGGGGAGAUGGGUCCACAGUUUGGCUAUGCCCCAGUUUUCACAAAAAUGAUCCAGGACUGUGAUACAAAGGAAGGCAGAAGAGCGGAGUUUGAGUGUCGAGCUUACGGCAUGCCGGAACCUACAGCCACAUGGACCCAUAACGGUAUUCCAAUGGAGCGUGGUGACAGAUUCAUCAUGUCAAAGGAUGAGGACAGUAACUAUCACCUGAUGAUAAAAGACGUCCUCCCGACUGAUGCAGGACAGUACUCCUGUAAACUGGCAAACUUUGCCGGCAAGGCCUCCUGCUCGGCAGAACUCAGGGUUGAAGCCUUACCCAGACGUGAUCCUCUCAGACUCUCUCCUGAGCGUGGCAUCGAUGAUGACCUCAAAACACUCAAAAAAGCCAUUACAGAGCCUCCCUCGAUGCCUGACCAGAAGCCAGUGUUGCUGGACAAAACUCCUGACACUGUUCGCCUCUCGUGGUUACCAGCACACGUUCCCUCAAAGUCUCAAGGGGCACAACCCAUCAUGUACAUCGUGGAGUCACGCGAGCUUCCAACAGGCGACUGGAGGAGAAUGGCCAGCAUGAUACCAACCACGGCCUACCAAGCAAAGGGGCUUAACCCAAAUUCUGAAUACCUGUUUCGUGUUCGUGCCGAAAACGACAAUGGCAUGAGUGAACCCACAACUGCUGCUGUUCUGGAAAGACGCCUACCUAAAGAAAAAACAGAUAAAGAGUUCAGGUUGGAAGCAUCCCCGAAAGCAAGAAAAGACACGAUUGGACUUUCAACGGAGUCAAUGACUGGACCCAGCCUCCCGAGUGACCGCCCAACAUUACUGGACAUCCGACCUGAGUCUGUCAGGAUCCAGUGGGUGCCCGUUACUCUGACCGGCCCUGGGGCGGACUACAGACCUGUCAAGUACCUUCUGGAGGUCAAGGAAAUCCCAGGGCCCUGGCGUAAACUGGCCAGCGGACUCACAGGAAACAGCUAUUUCGCCACUGAUCUCAACCCCGACAGAGAGUACAACUUCCGUGUCCGCGCAGAAAAUAAGUUCGCAGAAAGCGAACCGACACUUCCCGCUACUCUACAGAAAGGAAGAGUUGCACCAGGCCAAGGUCGUCUUGACCCCUACUUGUUGGAAAUUCCUAAAGUGCCACCCGCUCUUCCUGCCUCCAAGCCGUAUGUAUCUGACAUUGGAGAUGAGAGUCUGCGGUUGUCAUGGAAACCAGCCGACAUCCCAAAGGCUCUGAAGGGGGUUUCGCCGACUUCGUACCGGAUCGAAGUGCAGGAGCUCCCAAAACAGGACUGGCAGACUCUUGUCAGCUACAUCCCAGACACCACCUAUAGGCUCACUGACCUUCGACCCCGUCAGGAUUAUAAUUUCAGAAUCCGAGCAGAAAACGAAUUUGGACUCAGCGAACCGUCCAGGCCUUUCUACCUGCCAAGGGCAACAACAUACCCUGGAGCUGCGGUCACCAGGCCUGACAUCGUUGAACUUGAACGUGAAGCCGUACGACUGAACUGGCAACGCGUAGAAAUCCCGCAGUUCGAGUCCGAUGAGGAACCUUUGACCUACAUGAUCGAAGGUCGAACGCCCUCUUCUGAUUGGAGGGAGCUUGUUCGCGGCAUUCGUGGGACGUCCCAUCGUCUUGCAGGGCUUGAGACCAGUGAAGAUUACUCGUUCAGAGUUCGGCCAGACUCCAGCACUCGUGGCCUGGGGGAGCCUUCACCACCGAUGUCUCUCUCCAGAGCUUUAGCUCGCACAAGGGUUCCCGUGUCGGAUUUGGAAGUCGAGGAAAUAGAACCAACUUCUGUCCGUCUGAAAUGGGAUCGUGUCCAUAUUCCACCGUUCGAUUCCUCAGAAGAGCCUCUUCUGUACAUGAUUGAGGCCCAGGAGGGUCCGUAUGCUGACUGGCGGACUGUGGCCAGUGGAGUGCCGACAACAGCAUUCCGCCUCACUGACCUGAGACCAGAAAAGGACUACGCUUUCCGUGUCCGGGCAGAGACGGAGUAUGGAAUCUCAGAGCCGUCUCCUCCAAAACCACUCUACCGUAAGCCUCCAGAGGCUCCGAGGUAUCAUUUGGAACCUCCAAGGAUCGACUCAUUUGAUGCUGAAGGAUUACAGUUGUCAUGGAAACCUAUGUCACCCCAUCCUCGAAUCCGCCGCGCUGACCCACCCAAAUACACCAUCGAGAUGCGAGAAGCCCCUCAAGCCGACUGGCGACCAGUGGCUGCUGGGGUACCAGACACAAGUUUCCGAUUGACUGGCCUCAGACCAGAGCAGGAUUACACAUUCCGUGUACGUGCGGAGAUGCCACGCCUCCCAGAGCCAGUGGCGCUAAUCACGCCAGCUGUCAGUCUGCUGAGGGGUGGAGUACCACCAGUAAUGCCUAGUUCAGCUCCCACGAUAUCUAACGAAAAACCAAACUCAUUGCGCUUGUCAUGGAGACCAGCCAACCUCCCGUCAUAUCUCACAGGAGAAUCUGGACCAAUCAGAUACCAGGUGGAGAUGCUGGAGUCACCGAGCACAGAGUGGCGAACACUAGCCACCCGUCAUCCGGAUCUGUCCUUUGAAGUCUCGCGACUCCACCCAGACAGAGAGUAUGCUUUCAGAGUCCGUGCCCAAACAGAAAGCGGAACAAGUGCCCCAACAGCACCUGCGUACCUAUACAGGAAACCAAUUCCACACUUGCCCAAGGCUGAACCCCUGCUGUCGGACAUCCGCCCUGACUCAGUACGGCUCACCUGGCAGGCAGUCGACGUCCCUGGCAAAGUGACAGACUUCCAGAAAGUCCUUUACAUGAUUGAGAUGCAAGAACCGCCCAGCCAGACCUGGACACCCUUCGUCAGAGAUGUUCACGAAAUCAACCACAGGGUACAAAACCUCCGCCCAGAUAAGGACUAUGUGUUCCGUGUCAGAGCUGUGACUGAUCAGGGAAUGAGUGAGCCAACGAUGUCUGUGUAUCUGCCAAGGAGAGCUGUUCAACCCCGGCUCCCAAUGGCAGAACCUUACAUCUCUGAGGUCAAGGUCGAUUCAGCGCGGUUGUCAUGGACACCAGUUGACACUCCACCUUUUGGUGCCCAGAUGGUUCCCACGACAUACAGGGUAGAAAUUCAGGAGCCUCCUAACACGAACUGGCAGACGCUGGUGCGUAAACUACCCACCACCAACUACCUGCUGACGAACCUACGCCCCGACAAUGCGUAUUGUCUGAGAGUCCGCGCGGAGAACGACUAUGGAGUUAGUGAACCCACACGGGCUGUACAGCUGCCCAGGAGAGCUGUUGCUCCAGUAGUUCCAAGUGACAUCCCUCUGGUCACUGAUGUGAGGCGUGGCUCAAUGCGGUUGACGUGGCAACCCGCCAACGUACCAUCUUACGGAGGGUCUAACAUGACCUUGCCAGUGACGUACACGAUCGAGGCGCGAGAGCCUGGACAUGACUGGUCUCCCUUGGUGCGAAGAAUUCCACACACAUCUUAUUUCCUGUCGGGACUCAAACCAGAAGGAGGGACUACGAGUUCCGAGUUCGUGCUGAGAGUCAGUACGGUCUCAGUCCUCCUGGACCGUCUACUGCGUUGCCACGGCAACUAGUUGCCAGAAUCCCCAUCGAAACUCCAGAAAUCAUCGACAUUGAGCCCGACGGCCGCAGUCUAACUCUUCGAUGGCGGAGGGCAGAUAUUCCUUCUCGUGGUGCAAGUGAGCUUAUUACGUAUAUCAUUGAGGCCCAGGAA